AACUUACAGCGAAUAACAAUGUAUUAUUUAAUAUCAUAGCGGUGUGAUUCGUGCGAACGCCGUCGACGGAUUACACAGUGUGACGUAUAAAUAUCGAGUUGUAAAUAGACGGAAAACCCAAGUGCAUCUUAUUCGCUGAGAUUGACAACUGGAGCGGGAAUAUCGCAGCUUCUCACUGAUGAAGACGACCGCCACUUGACCACUCGAGGAAGGAGACGAUACCCGCCGAGGACGAGCCCCAGAGUGUGGCGAUGACGACUGGGCUACCUAAUAGGCUACAGCUUUUAUGGGACUACUUCAUACACGCCGAACCCCAGAGUUACGAGAAAUCUGAGUGGCUUGAUAUAUUCUUGGCAGAGUUACUCGUCCAAGUCAAAGACGGCCGUGAUGUCAAGGAUGCACUCUCCUUCUGUUCAGGGGGCGGAGGUGGAGUCUCGACUCUUGUCGCCUGCGAAUUGUUGUCCGACGUUCACAUGCUUUGCGCAGUUCGUACGGAUGGGGGAGAACUCAAGGGUCUCAGAAAGUACUUAGUGCGGGGUAGAGGAUGGCGAUGUUUAGCCGUGUUACACCUGUUAGGUGUACGAGGACUGUCUUGCGGGAGAGAAUUGGUCGCGUUACUUGUUGCAUUGUAUCCAGUAGCCUUUCAAGAAAGUGAAGGUUCGGUACCGAAGAAUCCCUACAUCAAGUUCCACUGCAACAACGACAUCGUUGAUACGGUGAAUAUAAUACCAAAUAAAAAACAGAAACAUGUCAAAACGAAGAACAUUUCGGAAAGCCAUACGCAACGGAAGAAGAUCCGGAAGCAUAGCAUGGGGGCGAAGACGUUGUCCCAACAAAAAACCGAGACUAAAGCCUCCGUCGAGAAUGUUAGCAGUGAAUCUGAAAUGCUCACAGAUGGAAUUGACCAGGCGAGAUCGUUGACUUUGAAGAUACGAUUGAAUCCAAUGGAUUUCGAAUAUUUCACAUCAGUCGUGAGAAGCGACGAGGAAGAAAAAUGGGAUACUCCCCUUUAUCAGCUACCAUCCCGCCCGAUUAAACGAACGCCUGAAUGUUUUAUGGACGAGCGCAUAGAAGCCAUAUUCAACACUUUCAUCAGUCCUUUCGAAACCAGUUUACUCAUCAUCCAGCUUCUCCAAGGGUUGAGGGACUACGAUACUCCCGCUGAGCAAACGCCUGCUGUCCAAGUCCUAAAAUUUGCUCUGGAUACCCUCUGGGCUCUGCAGUUCGGGAUCGAUGGUGCAAAUUUAACCGGGACCGAAUGUGCCUCUUUGAAAGCAGCCGCCGCAAGGUUGAUGCUCACAGCACUUGAGCGCGUACUCAGAGCAGAUGAGCCGACAACUGCUGUUAUCCACAACGGCUUGUUACCCAUGACACUGAGAUUGUUGGAGGAUGCCUGUAGCAAGCCGGUAUCAGUUCUGUUGCCUGAGGAGGGCUCGCUCCUUCAGGAAUUUAUUUUUGCCACUACUUACGGAAUCAUUACAUUUUUAUACUGCCUACUGCAUCAGCGAGGAACUACCGAAAAAUUGAAGGGGUUUUUGGAGUUGUUUCAACUCUUCACAGAAAGCCAGGAUGGUAAAAUUGUUGAAAGAACAAUCUUGACUAUCGUUGGUCUCCCGAGUGUUGAUCAACAGAGGUCCGUGACAAGAGCACGGAAGGUCAUUGACAUGGUUGGUGCCUUGAUAAGUGCCUUAAAACGCGUCAGGAUGGAACUCUGUCACAUGGGACAGUGCCGCAAGAACAAGCACAGAUCGUGUGCAGAUAAUGUGGAAAAUCAUCACCACUUCGAUAUCCUAGGGAUUGCCUACACCGAAAGAAUCGUUGGAUCGAUCAGCAAGCAAAGCUGCUGCAUUUCAGCUUUGUUCAUGACGUUGACAUCUUUGUUAAAAGAGUCUCACUUAUUUUCAGGAGACUUGCAAGUCAGAUUGUUAAAAGUUGCGGCUGCCGCUGGUACUUGCUGUUGCUGUCCUCCAAAAGCCAUUUUCUCAAGCAUUGUUACAUUCUUAAAGAAACGUAAUUCUCUCACGUAUGCGCCAGCUGUUGCCCUGCUGGAACGCACUUUGUUCAAAGAACUUGGGGCGUAUCCAGGACUAGAUACGUGCAACACUUGCAGUAAGCCGACAAAUUAUUCUUGGGAUUUUCUCGAACUGUACACCGAACUUUUGAUACCGGACGAUCCGAAAAUGUGCUACGUCAUUAUGGCACACUUACUGAAAGUCACGCCAAACUCGAACUUUUUAGUACGCCAAGAGUUUCUCUUUAAAGUAUUUUAUCCAACUUUUCAAAUGGCUCUCGAAUGGUACGAAGCCGAUAACAACAACGCGAUGUCAAAGUUCCUGAUUCAAUCCUGCUUAUCGGUUACCGCUAGUUUGAUAGUCAACGCACCGAUGUGCGAGAGAUUCACAGAAAUUAAUGGACUAGAUACAGUUUUGGAAAUUUUACUCGACCCUGUGUUCACUAGAAACGUUUGUGCCCUUUUGGAAGUUUCCGUUAUAAUGGAAAUAUGGAAAAUUAGUUGCGAGGAUCCUGCCGAUGUUGACGAUUCAGCUAGACCAGCGCUUGUUUCACUGCUCGACGCCCUUGAUAAAGAAACGAGAAAUUUACUUGAUAUUCUGGAAAAUUACACGGCACCCAAUGACAUUAUGGAACACAAAAGCGACGUGGUAGUUGGAGCAAAUGAUGCCAAUCCUUUGUCGAGUAAUAAUGAAAAGGCUAAUGAAGUUGAAGAAUCGAUAAUUCGGAUGUCACAUGAGAGUCAUGAGACUGAUGUACGUAAGUUAGGAUCAGUAAAUAACUCGCAAGUUUAUUGUGCGACAAGAAAGACUGAAACCAACAUUGAGACGGAUGAUGACGAUACAUCGAAUUUGAUAAAAACGGACUUAGUAUCACGAGUUAUUGGAAAAGUACGUGUGCAUGAUUGUACUUAUGUAAAGAACAGUUUGAGUCAAGCCAGUGCAGUGUGGAGGGCUGCAGCUGGAGUAGCAUUGUGCAGUCCAACAUUUCGAACGGAGCUUUCAAAUCACCCUGUGUCUCAACUAUGUAUUGAAUUAUUCCGGAAAUUGGCCGUUUGUAUUGCAUCUGAUGAAAUAAAAGAAACUGGUAAAUCGUUACACAGAUUAAUGGAAGCCUUGAUGACGUGCUGCCUGACAUCUCCAUUGACUGGAUGUGACUUAAUCAAAGAACUGAGAAGAGCAUUAAUAGACACUGGCAUCAAGUUGGGACAUGGAAUAGCAAUGCUAGUCGAAGCGUUAUUGAGAGUUGCAAUGCUGAAACCGUCCCCGGAACAGACAAUGCCACAACAAAUUCGGCCAAGGCUUCCUACAAUGACACUCGAUCCAUUACCGGAUAUUGGCGGAGAUGACAGCAGCACCGGAGAAUACGUAACAGCGGAUGAUGGCUACGAGGCAGACAUUGAAGUACCAGGAAGAACUCCUCAAAAUUCAACUCCUAAAAAGGCGAACCCUUUAGGGCCCGUUGUCGAAGCAAGAGGGUAUGCCACAGCACAUCCAGCACUUUGCUCCUUGGCAGUGGAUUUGUUGAUCCAUUUCAGUGAACAAGGUAUGGAAGGUGAAAGGGGUGUGAUACUAACUGGUGGCUUGAGACGGGUGGCAAUUACAUGCAGAGAAAGCGUUUCAAGCUGCGCUGCUCUCGCAGCUUCGGGAGCGAUAACAAGAAUACUUGACGGCUUCAAAGAAUCACUGACUAGUAGAACGUCACAAUGUCAAGAGUUACAACACGCUGUACUCGAAGUGUUUACACUAUUGGCAACUCAAUCGAUUACUCCUAUGGAGCUAAUCUCUUAUUUAUCGCUAUUCAAAGUCCAAUCACCACCAUUGUUGCCCUUACUCGAACCUCUGUUUCGAUUAGUGCUUGCAGCCAGACCUCAGCCCAAUUUUAUUUUAGCAUUUCCCAUACCUGCAGAAGUAACAGCUACACCGAAACUUCACAAUGAAGAUGCUAAGAAUUUAGAGAAAGCUGAGAAUUUAGUGAGCAAUUUCAGGAAAGGACACUUGUCUUCCGGAAUUUGUAGUCCAUGGUCCGUACAUGCGGUAUGCUUGCCUGUUGGUCCUGAAUUAACUUGGUCAGUCUGGUUACAUGGCUGUUCUGCAUCCAUGUGGCUCAGAGUAGAAAGAGGCUCAUCAAGUAUAAACAGAGGUGUUGUUAUGUCUACAUCUCCACUGCUAGGAUCUGGAAGCGAAAGCCUUUCAGACUGGGGGGUUUUGUCGGACAAUUGGAGUCGAGAAGUUGUGGCAGGAUCUGCCUCACCACCUACUCCAACAUCAAUUAUUCAUCUGAUGUCAAUUGGCUAUGAAUCAUUGGUGCUGGAAACUUGGCUUGACCUUCGAUCCGAUAAACUCAUUUUUCGGCUGACCCGACCUGACGAUAAAACGAAUCGUACCAUUUCGGAAACGUCUAUAACAGGCACGUUUCCAUCAGGACGAUGGCAUCAUUUGGCAUUGAACUGUAAAGAUACUGUAUUAAAUAAACGGAGCGCGGUAGUUGAAGUUGUACUGUGGAUAGAUGGGUGGAGAGAGGCGCGAGCACAACUGCCAUUCGAUGGUUUGUUAGUUAGAAAACCUGGAACUACUUGCAUCUUACUAGGUCAACUUGGACCAAAUGGAAACGGAGCUUGGUAUCUUGGAAAUUUGAUGUUAUUCAGGUGUCCUGUAUUCACUAGAGAAAGAGCUUUGUACCUUGCUAGCCUCGGACCAAAUUACACCAGUUUAGCCGAAUGCACGCUAAAUACAGUAAAACCUGAUUUUGCACCACUGAUAGCGUCAGGGGCACUAAACGGUGUCAGAGAAUUCAAAUUUGAGGGAGCUAAAUUUGAUACAAGUAGAAGAAAAUCAUAUGGCGGUACGUAUCUGAGACACGUGGUUGAGACUAAAAUAUCUGACACAGAAAUUGACUGGGAUGCAGUUAUGGAUGCCACUAAUUCUCAUUUGGGAGAACUGCAAGAUAACUUACUCUUAAGCUAUGAAGCUCAAACUCCUAACAUUUUACAUUUGUACCCACAAGCUGUUGCCAGUUCUGGAGCUGUCGUUGGAAAUCUAUUUCCUGGCCAACCGGGAUUCAGAAUUAUAUCAGCACCAGAGCAUAGAGUUUCACAACAACCACCCCUCUCUGUAGCACCAAUUCUAAUGACUCAUCUGGAAUGUCAGCAAUAUAGAGGACUCAUACCAGCUGCGAGUCUUGUUGGGGGAAUACCCGUUUUUCUGUACUUAUUCGCGAGGGUGGUUGAGUUAAAUUCUACAGAAGAAGAACAGGCUUUGGCCUUGUCUACUGUUUUGCACUUAGCUCGCAGUGAUUCAGAACUCUUGAAUCAAUAUCGAUCAGAAGAUGGACCUUCUCUUCUUCUUCGCGUUUUAGAAUCGCCACGUUGCCAUGCGGGAAGGCAUAUCCUCAAAGCAAUGCUAGAUGCAGCGUGUGACAGUUCGAUUCUGAUAAAAGAUAUUGCGAGUGGAAAUCAUGCGAUAUCUCAAAAUUGUGAAGCUGUGAUAACUGAUCCGGAAUUGAUCAAUGGAGCCCUGAGUGCCUGGCGGGCAUGGGCUAAAUAUGACACGUUAAAUUUCCUGCUACAAGCAUUAUUGGUUUUGUUAAGAGAUCAGCAUUCUCAAAGAGAAUUUAAUGCCACGCAAUUGAAUAGAGUUGAUAUUGUCGACACACUUUUAACUUUAUGCAAGGAACAUUUCAUGUAUGAAGAUCUAGGUGCUUCUUUGGAUACAGCAGUAGGUACUGCUGUCGUUGAACUAGUGCAAGCAUUAAUGGGAGCACCACCAGAAUUUCCGCAUUUAGUUGCAAUCACAGACUAUUUAGUAUUGGUACACCAAGCUUCAGAAACAUACGUGACACACGCAAAACACAACAUCUACUUCCUGCUUCCACCACUAGAAGAAAAAAUAACUCCUAUCAGAGUUAGCUGCACUGUUAGUUCAUCUGAUGAAUCUAUUAACACUGUUGAUGCUGGCAAGUUGAAUAAGGCUCUGGCUAACAUUCAAAUUCAGAAGGGUAGACCGUCAAGAAAAAGAGAACAUAAAAAUGGUCCCCAGAGAGAGCCUAGUGCAGGUGAAGACUCUGGAAUUGCAGCCAGCGAUGGAUCUGCUACUCAAAUUCCUGGCAAGCAGUCCGUAUGGACGGAUGAAAGGAGAGCCUGUCAAGGAAUGGUUUGUGAAGGAUUGCUUUUACUGCUGCGGGAUGCGUUGAGGAUGCUACCAGACAGUCAAGUUGGUUCAGUAGUAAAACAUGUAUUGAAACCUGAGUUGUUACUUGUAUUAGCUAACAAUCCUGACGCCAGAGUUCGUACUGCACUAUUAAAGCUGAUUCAGACUUAUCUUGAGCGUGCUAGCGACGAGGAAGUUAACAAGUUUAUAAAGCAAAAGUAUUUCAUGCAUUUGGCCAACCAAAUCUCCUUGUAUCCCGGCAGUGAGUCUCUGGUGAUGGCUUUAGAAAGCUUAGCUCUAUGUGGUCCAGCAACAGCAGGAAUGCCGCCGUUAUUAGCUAUGAUUUUGAAAGCCUCCGCUACCGACCCAAAUAUUGCAAGACCCAUGGUCUCUUUUGUUACGGACAUGGUCACUAAGAAUCCAAAUGCACUGCGAGCGCUCUUGGAAAUGGGUUUAGCUGAAUCGAUAGCAAGGGCAUUGAUCAGUGCUGCACAUCGAGGCAGUUCUACAUCAUUGCUGCACGAUUUUCACGUUUUACUUGUUGCUAUUGCAACAAAAUUGCUGGAAUCGCCUGGCACGCAUCACAUGCAAGCCGUUGCAGACUUGCAUUUAAUACUCAGUCAUGUUGAAUUGAGAGAACGAUCUGAGUGCGGUAUCGGUACUAUUUGUGUAUCUGUUGCUAGAGAUGCGCAAGUGGCACUAUUUGAUGGAGAAUUAGACACAUUGACUGCCAGAGUUUCCUCUCAUCACGGCUUCCGUUUACGCAGCACUGCAUCGUACCUUGCAUCAAUGUUGACCACUUCAAGUGAACAAAGUGACCACGGAUCUCGUUCGUCAAGUUACGGCAGUUUACAAGGCACUUCAAACACCGUUGUUCGUGAAGCUGGUAAAGGAGAGCUGAGUGAGCGUCUUCGUGCCAUCCUGAUUCGUGCAGUAGAAUUCAUUACAACAGCGGAUCAGUCUCCAUCAGCGACUGAAUCGGAACUCACCCGACGAUUGUUUGCAACACUUUUACAUGGACUAGCAAGUCCGAAGGAGAGGAAAAAUCCUUGGGGCGGUACCUGGUCAUCUAGACCAGUUUUAAGAAAAAAUACUGCGAAAAUUAUGGUGUGGUUGUUGGGACCACACCAAAGCAACAACAUGAGAGUUUAUGCUGUCAGAUGCUUGAUGGAGGAACCAAAGCUCAAAGAAAUUUUGACCUCGCUAUUGGAAGUACAUCCACAGAUCGAACAAAAAUUCACUGUAUUUCUGUGGGAUCUUUUACAACGACGUGAUGAGAUGCCUACUGCUGAUGCCAGAGUGUGUGCUGAGCUUAGAGAAGCAUUGAGCAUAUGGAAUCUUACGAAAAGUAUCGACCAAGCUACACCAGGCUUAUGGAAUGAAGAGCUAAUUAUGCUUAGACGAGAGUUGAUGAGGGACCGUGAUAUGUGGAUGGAGAAUAAUCUUUCCGCAAUACACAGAAUUGGUAACAAAUUCGAUUUGCUGGCAAAGCAAUUGAUGGAGGGUGCAAUGGCUGUAACAAGAGCUGUUGUGAAAGAGCAAAAUUUUGAACGUAAAAUACUUAUCAACGAAUUGAAACAGUCAAGGGCAAUGAAAGCCCAAGCAAUGGCCAGAUGGCGGGACUUGGCUAAGCGAUUAACGCAUGAAAGAGCACCCUGGCAUUUUCCGGAAAAUUAUCCGAGAAGUUGGGAAUUAGAUCCCACAGAAGGGCCUGCGAGAAUUAGAAUAAGAAUGCAAAGGUGUCAUUUGAAAAUGAAUAAAAGAUUUCUAAUGCCUGAAUAUCAAGAGAAACUAGCCAACAUGGAAGAACCGCUGGCUUAUUUGUUGACAACAGAUCGCCAAGAUGCAAACUCAUCUGCUCUAAUCGAAAGACUACACACAACAGAGAGAAUUCGCAAAACUGCACAAGCCAGAGUAGUUACACCUGGGGCAGAAUUACGUGGGGAAGCUCUUAUAGGGGAAAGCUGCCUCUAUUUUGUCCCUGAAAACCCUGACAUGCCUCUGCAUACCGAUAUUGCGUUAGAUGGUUUAGAUCUCGCUAUGGCAGGUGGUACAGCCUGGCGACUAGAAGAUAUUCGUGAAUUACACAGGCGGAGAUAUCAGUUACAAGAGCGAGCAAUUGAGAUAUUCAUCGUUACUGGAAGAACUUACUUAUUGGCAUUCAACUCGUCAAAGGAAAGGGAUGAGUUCGUAGCAGAAUUAUCCGCCUGCAAUUUACCAAGGAGAAUACCUGGGGAUGAUUUGGGAGAGGCACUAGCAUUGUGGCGUAGUGGUGUAUUAACGAACUGGGAAUACAUUACUCGCUUAAAUAAGCUUGCUGGCCGCUCUUACAAUGACUUAAUGCAGUAUCCGGUGUUUCCUUUUGUUUUAUCGGAUUACUUCAGUGAGAAAAUUGAUUUGGAGGACCCGAAAAUCUAUCGAAAUUUUAAACGACCGAUGGCUGUACAAGAUAAAAAAAACGAACAAUACUAUAUCAAUAACUACAAUUAUCUCAAACAAGCUCUUAUGGAAGGAUUGAAUCUCAUAGCUCUGAAUCAAGAACCAUUUCAUUAUGGAUCACACUACAGCAAUUCGGGAACUGUUCUACAUUUUUUGGUUCGACUUCCACCAUUUACAAGCAUGUUCCUAUCAUAUCAAGAUAACAACUUUGAUAUUCCCGAUCGAACAUUUCACGCCCUGGCUACUACAUGGAGAUUAACAAGCUGUGAUUCUACAACAGAUGUGAAAGAACUUAUCCCUGAAUUCUUUUAUUUACCCGAGUUUCUACUUAAUUCAGAAGGGUUCAAUUUCGGUGUACGUCAAAACGGUUACACAGUUAGCGAUGUAGAACUACCACCAUGGUGUGGUGGUGAUGCUCGCCUAUUCAUACUAGCGCACAGGGCUGCACUGGAAGCUGAGCUUGUUAGAGAAGUCUUACCAUUUUGGAUAGACCUUGUUUUCGGAUUUCGACAAACUGGACGACCCGCAGUGGAAGCUAUCAACGUCUUUCAUCCAGCUACAUACUACGGAUUCAAUGUCGAGCAAAUAGCGGAUCCCUUGGAACGCCAGGCUUGGGAAACUAUGGUCCGAACUUACGGACAAACGCCUGCACAGUUGUUCAGAGCUGCGCAUCCUUUAGCAAUUCAAAAUCUCGGGACAUCUUCACCAUCUGGCAGUAUUCCCAUAGUUAUUGAAGGAGUUGCAGGGAUAAAAUGGGGCAACUACGUUGGUGCCCCUGGCAAUGAGCCUGUUCUAUGCUGGAAGCAUAAACACAGGUCUCCAUUGGUUUCCCUUGUUCCACUGUCAACCGGUGAUGUUUUUGGACUGCCAAAUUUGACAGCUUUAUUACUUGGUUACAGUAAGGAGAAAGGUGCCAGUAUGUUAAGCGGUGCAUCCGUACUAGGAGCUGCAUUAGCAUCAUGGGGUGGUACUGAUGGAAUUGCGAGACUGAAAUCCAAGAAAGAGCAGCCACCGAGACCUUUAUUGAGAUCAUCUGGUUUAGAUCCGAUAACUAUUUUGGCAUCAGUUCCCGACUGUGGGCAGCUUUGGGCAGGUCAUUUAUCUGGUAGAAUUAGUGUAUAUAGUUAUUCAGUGGGAACUGUUGGUAAAAUACAGUUUAGCCUGUCGCCAGCAUCAUCUUUAUUGGCACACAGAUGUGCGGUAACUGCAAUUGCAUUGUCAAGGGCAUUCAGUAUAGCAGUGUCAAGUGACAACGAAGGUGUUGUUGCUAUUUGGGAUUUGAAUAGGUCAGAUAUUUUUUACCUCCUGUCAUACGUCAGAUCUGUACAGUCAGAUCACUGUUAUCCGGUUAGUUUGCUGUCAAUUAGCGAAACAUUGGGGGACAUAGCGAUUGUGUUCAAUGUUUUGACUGUAAACAAGGACGAUGUAACCAGUAAUACUUCGGAAUUGAGGGUGUACACAAUAAACACACGUCUAGUUGGUACCAUAGCAUCCAAAAGGCGAAUGACCGCGUUAUGCUAUAGCAAUGCUCCUGAAGGUGUUUCAGUCAAUGUCAUUGCAACAGGUUUAGACGACGGAGUGAUACGACUGUGGAGCAGCUGGGACCUACGAUUAGUCAGAGAAAUUGUAAAUGGUGGUACAGGAUGUGGGGCGAUAAUCGCGUUAGCAUGGGCUUUGGAUCAGCACCAUUUGUAUGCAGCAGCUGAAGAUUCUACAGUUUUAAUUUGGGAAGGCAUACGCCGCCUGAGUAAUGGAACACCAAAAUUCGUGAACUUAUCCUCACUUUAGGUUCCUUUAAAAUGAGUUCUAGCAUACUUAGGAAACGAAUAAAAUAUUUUUUUAUGAUGCUAUAAUCAUCCUGGAGAGUGUAAAUACUGAUAAUAUCUGUUUAGGUUUAUAGUCACUGUAUCCCAGUUUUAGUUGUUAAUUAUGAAUGGAAUAUACGUAUGACAGAAAGAUUUCUUGUUGAACUGGUUUGAUAUGUAAUUUGAUAAGCAACAUACACGGUUAUACAUUUGUUAGAUUUUUUUAAUAAAAGUUUUGUAACAUAUCA